UUUUUUGACUAAUUAUAAAGUCCCUCGCUCCACUUCCCCGGGUGCUGACUUUGCUGGAGAGCUCCCGAGCCCACGGAACAGACCCAGCCUCGGGAAAGGGAAAGGAGGCAGGCAAGGAGCGGCUCGUCCUCGAAGUUCGCUUCUCCACCAUCUCCUCGACAGCCGCACCUGCGCUCUUCUUUUAAAAGGAGGAGGAAAAACCACCGAGCGAGCUUCUCUAAACUUCAACGGAGCAGCUGCUCCCUUCGGAAGAACGGCCAGGAACCCUCGAGGAGAAGAGAUCAUGACAUUUCUUCUGAGAUGUUAUUUCUUGCUCUUCGCUCUUAGCACAUGCCUCAUCCUUACAGUUCAGGCAGAAUGCAGCAAAGACUGUGCAUCUUGCACCCACCGAUUGGCAUAUCAUGCAGACAUCAACCCCCUGGCAUGUACACUAGAAUGUGAAGGAAAGUUGCCCUCUGCCAAGGCCUGGGAAACCUGCAAAGACCUUCUGCAACUGAGUAAACUGGAUCUUUCCCAGGAAGGCAUUGGUGCCCUAGGAGACAACCCAAAAGAACAGGAUGAGAGUCAUUUGCUAGCCAAAAAAUAUGGUGGUUUCAUGAAAAGAUAUGGUGGCUUCAUGAAGAAGAUGGAUGAGCUCUAUCAUAUAGAACCAGAGGAGGAACCUAAUGGAGGAGAAAUCCUUGCUAAAAGGUAUGGAGGCUUUAUGAAGAAGGAUGCUGAAGAUGAUGCCUUGGCUAAUUCUUCUGAUCUGCUGAAGGAGCUUCUUGGAACAGGAGAAAAUGCUGAAACUGGGCAUUAUCGGGAUCUGAAUGAUGGUGAAAUCAUCAAGAGGUAUGGUGGCUUCAUGAGGAGCAUCAAGCGCAGUCCUGAAUCGGAAGAUGACGCCAAAGAGCUGCAAAAGAGAUAUGGUGGCUUCAUGAGAAGAGUGGGGAGGCCAGAGUGGUGGCUGGACUACCAGAAACGAUAUGGUGGAUUUCUUAAGCGUUUUGCCGAUUCUCUCCUUCCUUCAGAUGAAGAUGGAGAAAGUUAUUCCAAAGAGGUUCCAGAGAUGGAAAAAAGAUAUGGCGGAUUUAUGAGAUUUUAAUUACCUUCCAUUUGUCCUUUUUGUCCCAAAUCAAAGACUGCCUCAUUGAUCAUAAUUUAUUGUCAUGUGUUGCUUGUACUGUACAGUUUUUUACUGUCCUAGUUUAUAAUGCAACCUGCUGUCUGUUAUUUCAAGUUCUGUGCUCUUUUAAGUCAACAAAUAACUUCUGUAAUGACUUCUAAUUUGUCUGUUGUACUUUUCAUGCUAAAUCUAUUUUAAUUACCACAUCCAUUUCUUUAAAACAGCGCAAUUGCUUAGUUGUAUAUACAAUAAAUUGUUCAUCCUAACUGCA